AUGACGGACUCCGAGCUAAGGGCUAUCAUCAAAGAGACGGCGAUGAAUGAAGACAUGCAACAUGCUGCUGCUGAAGUGUCCGCAGAUGCCUCAACGCGAUACAACACCCUGGAUGAGAUAAGUAAAUACAUCAAAGAGGCAUUCGAGAAACGCUAUGGUAAUACUUGGCACUGCGUGGUCGGCAAACAAUUUGGAAGGUGA